AUGGCCCUGACGAUGCAGACGGAGGUGAACCCGGCGAGCUGGGCGUCGCCGCCCGCGUCGCCCUCGCCGCUGUCGCUGCGGGCCACGCCGGCGUCUCCGCAGGUGCUGCGCGCCUCGGCGUCUAGUACAACGCGCCUGUCGCCCAGCAGCAGCAGCACCCCCAAACAGCAGCAACUACAGCAGCAGAGGAGGAGGCGGAGCAAGAACAAGGCCAGCGAGCCGGCCAACAGCGCGCUCGUGCUGGUGGGCAUGAUCUUCUUCGGCGUGCUGCUGGCGCUGCUGGUCAUGGCCUUCUUCGCCUACGCGCCGCUGCUGUGCGCGUCGUGGCUCGGCAUCCUCUACGUCAUCGGGCUGUACCUGUCGACCGAGUCCAAGUGGCGCUGGCACGACGCGCAGGAGUUCGAGAACCGCUUCUGGACGGGCACGGCCUUCCUCUUCAGCGCGGCCGUGCUCUACAUCAAGGACUCGCCGCUGGCCGUGGGCCAGUGGAACUCGACGCUCGGGCUCGUGCUCGUCUUCGGCUUCACCAUGAGCGUGCACUUCUUCGACCGGUUCCUGCACCGGCAGGAGAUCAGCCGGCGGCCGCGGCUCAAGGAGGCCACGCGCCAAUUCUCGCAUAAUUUAUUCAAGUACAAGGCCACGGCCGAGGAGAAGACGCUGCUCGUCAUGGACUGCGUCAACUGCAUCGACCGCCACUAUUUACCGAGCACUAUUAACAACAUGAUCAACCUGGCCGAGGUCAAGCGGCGAGAGCUCAAGAUCUUCCGCAUCCUGGCCGGUGCGGGCAAGGACGAGCUCAACUACAUCCUGAACCACAUCCGGCUCGCGCUGCUCUUCUACAAGGUCAAGGACCACUCGAAGCUGCGCGAGGACCAGAGCCGCACGCUGAUCCUCGACUUGCUGUGCACGACGCGGCUGGCCGACCUGUCCGUCAUGUCCCGCGCGCUGCUGCUGGACGCGCUCAUGGUGAUGAAGAUCAGCGCGCACCCGAUGGCGCAAAAGUGGGUGCGCAACAUCAUUUUGAAGACGCAGGGCGAUGACUUGAGCAACUUGAAGACGUACACGGACGCCAAGGGGGACUUCCACAGCAUGCACAAGCUCGUAUUUAACGACGUCCGCGACCCGACCAUCCGCGCGGACAUUUUGACGCACAUCCAGCGCGAAGCAAGUGUGCAGAUCGCGCACAUGCGCCUCGGCACGAAGCGCGGCCGGAACCGCAAACAGCAAGCGUGGCGCAAGGUGUUGAGCGACGUGGACGACACGCUGUACUCUUCAGGUGGACGGUAUCCGGCAGGCUUGGACACGCGGUACCCUCGACACACGCUGUACCCUGGCGUGCUGCCAUUCUAUCGCGAGCUGGACAUGGGCACCGUUGGCCCAGACGACUGGACAGACGACCGUGUGGGCAACCUCGUGUUCCUCUCGGCCAGGCCCCACGUGUACAAGGAUGUUUCCGAGAAGAAAUCGUACGCCAAGUUUGCUGCACUGCAUGAGAAGAUGGGCAUGCACACUCUGCCCACGAUGCUCGCAGGCAACCUCAAGUCGGGCCGUGCCUUUAUGUGGCAAGGCGAUCUGGAGCCUAUGGCCCAGAAGAAGUUCGAGAACUUUAGCGAGUUCUACCAGCUCUACCCGGAGUUCAAGCAUAUUUUUGUCGGUGACAACGGCCAGGGCGAUGUACGCGCCGCUGAGCUUAUCGUGGAGAAGUUUGGCUCGGAUGCAUUGGAGGCUGCGUUUUUCCAGCGCGUGCAGCCAAUGGAGAAGAUGUUCAACUACCAUUCGAAGGAGGACUUGGAGCGUUGGCGCAAGAUGAACAUCAUCUUUUUCGAUACGUACGUCGGCGCGGCAGUCGAGGCUUUCCGAAUGAAGAAGAUUCGGCUCAGUGGACUCAAGAAAGUAUGCGACGAUGCUGGACAGUCGUUUGAGGCGAUUCACUCGUGGCUCACGCCACAAAGCCGGGAACGAGCACGACUGCUUCUUAACAGGGAUCUCGCAGCGGCAAAUGUGCUACUGGCUAAGAAGCUUGGGCCUUCACCUUUGGUGAUGAAACCUCAGGGACUGCCACUAAACUCGAUUGUGCGCACGCCGCUGGGGCGGGGUAUCGUUCGUUCUUUCCGUGGCAUUGAUGGCAUUUACCAGGUGGAUCUGACCGACUGGCCGCCAUCGACAGGUAAUCAUAAACGAGUGCGAGCGUUUUUCCCGGAAGACAGCCUCACGGUGUACGUCAGUACCGACAUCUCGCCCCUCUCUGACAGCUCGCUGGAAUACCUCAAGUUCUACCGCGCGCCACCAGCCCACAUCUUCGCGCCACACGCGCUGGUGAAAACACUGUUUGGCAUCGGUCGCGUUCAAAGUUACCGCGCCGAAGAUGAGAUCUAUACGGUAACGAUUCCUGGGGACCAGAGCAUGCUGCACAUGACCGCUUUCCUGAAUGCCGAUUCGCUGCAAGCUGUGGAUGAGGAAUUCCUCAAGGGUUACGCCACCAGCGGCUCGACGUCGCCGCGGAUGUUCGCCGGAGUGCGCUCUGGUAUCGGCUUCAUCACGAAGAAGCUUAUUACGUUUGUGCCUGGUGGCUCUGCGGCGAAGCCGUUGUUCGGCAUUACGGUGGUUGUGGAUUCUCCCUUUGGUCGCGGCGUGGUUGUUAACUUUCGGGAAGAAGACCGCGUUUACGAGCUGCGGUUGUUUGCUAGCGGAACUAAAACCCGGGGUCGUGAGCUGCCGUCACACGUCAGCGUGUUUGUCCAAGAGCGGUGCUUGCAGCUUUCGCCGGUGUCUCCACCACGAAGCUUCUUCUCGAUGCUCGGGCUGGGCUACAGUGCAGCUGAGAAUGCGAUCGAGCAACCAGCAGGACCGGUCCCGGUUGGCUCUCGUGUCAGCACCGCCUACGGAAAGGGUAUCGUCCGUAGCUACCGCUCAGUGGACCAUGUGUAUGAAGUGGUGUUAACUGACUGGACGUUACCUGGUGAUCACGGCGUGGUCGCAUAUCUGACGAAAUACUUUAUCCACGUGGAGGAUCCGGCGUUAGACGACGUUCCAGCACUUCCGCUCGCGGAAAAGGAGGUGUCAUCGGAGGUCAAAACUUCUGCGCCGCCGGGCAGCGGCGGCAUCUUCCAGUUACUUCGUUAUGGGUUCUCGACGCCCGCUUCUGAAGCUUCUGAAGCAGUUGUGCCGAGUAAGCCGUCCGCAGCGACGGAGUUGGACCAACCAGAGAUGCCAGAGUAG